GUUUCACUUGAAAGGGAGGGUGAUGCUCAGUUUUAAAUGUUAAAAGUGUACAAGUUGCUCUGUUACAGUUAAAACUGAGCGGGCAGUGGUUGGGAUAUAUAGUUCAUUCAUGAGGGCCUGGGUUCAAUCAUUAACACCUCAAAAUAAAUGUACACAAAGGGAAAAAAAAGUCUCCAAAUGGGUCCAAAACUUAUAAAGGCCUUUAAAAAAAAGUAUUUGUUGGAGAAGCUGACAUCCCCUCUCAGAACUGGGAUUUCUUUUGGGAAGGACAAGAAUAUUGGUUCCCUCCUAUGUGGCCCUGUUCUUGUUCUUCUGUCUUGAUAAACACCAUCCAGGAAAAGUGGAUUUUCUCUGGCUCAGAGCCAGGUCGGUGGAAAAUUCCUUUGCCCUGGGCCCCCUCUGUGGUCCACAGGGCAGUUAUCUGACCACUGCCUGGAGGUCAGUGACCCUGCAGGGAAAUGCACCUGGCAAGGCGAGGGGUGACAGGCCCCCAUUUCCUGAACRUCUCCUCCUUUCUCCCGCCGCGUGCUAGGCACCCCCCACAUGCCUCUUUCUGCUCCUGCCACCGAUGUUUGAGCUCAGCCUGGGCACCUGCAAAGGCCGAGGUGGUCGUGCUCUGUCGCACAGCUAGUCGCCCCAGCUUGCUGGCCUCAGAGCCUGAACUGACAAUCCAAAGAAGUGGGGGGGAUUUUAGUGCUUUCGGCCAGGGAACCGGGAACAGGGUCGUCCAGUAAGAAAGCUUCACACCUCCAUUCUCUUUCCAGCUGACCCCAGGGUGCUCACGCGGAUCCGGGUGUCCAGCGCUGGCAUUAGUAUCCCCGACGCCAAGGGAGACGUGGACCUGGGAGGGCGGCCAGACCCUUCCUUUCUCCCGCGGGAGUMGGAAGACCCCGGGCGCCGGGGAGCCUGGGCUCGGGAGGAGCCGUGGCCGCCGCCUACCUGGGGACCUGCCUAGGUGUGGCCUCGCCGGGAUGCGGGGGGCGGGGGCGGGCGGRCUGCAGCAGCAGGAAGUGAGCGACGGCCGCGGGCAGCAGGAAGCCGACGGGCGAGUUCUGCUGCCGACGGACGCGGCCGCCCAGACAUGGAGGAGGCUGGCGGAGGCAGGGGACAUGACCAGGUGCGGAACCUGCAGAGUGAGGUGGAGGGAGUCAAGAAUAUCAUGACCCAGAAUGUGGAGCGGAUUCUGGCCCGUGGGGAAAACCUGGACCAUCUCCGCAACAAGACCGAGGAUCUGGAAGCCACCUCAGAGCACUUCAAGACCACGUCGCAGAAGGUGGCACGCAAGUUCUGGUGGAAGAAUGUGAAGAUGAUCGUGCUCAUCUGCGUGGUCGUGUUCAUCUUCAUCCUCCUCAUCGUGCUCUUCAGCACGGGUGCCAUCCCCACCUAGGCUGCCCUGCCCCACUCCUCCAAGGAACGCUACCUGGUGAGGCCCCUGCCACGCCCCAGGAGCAACUUGAUGCCCAGAAGGCGAGAGCUGGACUGGUCCCUAGAGCUGCUUGGGAAGACCCAGAGGACCCUGUGUGUGGCUGGGAAACUGUUGGUGGCUGGUGGGCAAUAAAGACCUUUCAGUGUC